UUGGGCAAUUCCACCAUUUUAACCCUAGACUAGAGUUCAGCUUGUUAUACCCCCAACCAAGCAAGCAAGCUGAACUGAUAUAUCCACCGUCAUUCAAGGAGAAUUGAGAGUUACGCCGCCGAUCAAUAGUGUGGAGAGGAAUCCUUUGGAAAAACAGAAGGUUUUGUCUUCAGAUCCACGGAGGGCCGUCGGAGGAUCCGAAAACGCAAGUGCAAAGUGAAAAAUUCAAACCAAUCUCAAAUGGCGUUUUGAGAUCUCAAGACUCAGUCGGCAGAGUUUGGUUCGCAUCAUUUUUCAUGUACAAAAUGUCGCUGUUGAAUUUGAAUCUCCUUUUCAUCUCUACCAACAAUCUGAUACUCCAAGCGACGGUGGCUCUGUGUCUGAGCCUUACACUCUCCUUCUUCAAAAUCCCCGCCCUAUUCCUCCACGGCCUCCACACCUACAUCCACCCGGACGACGUCAACCCGCCCACCGGCGGUGGCGUCCGCGCCGCCAUCCGCCGCCCGGGCGCCGCCCCGGACCCAGAGCUUAAACCCAGAAAAAGAUCCAAGGACAAACUCGAGUUCGACGAGAGCAAGGCCCAGAUCUUCAGGCUCCGCCUCACCGACGGCCACCUCCAGUCCCGCCUCUAUUUCGCUUCCUUUCACAGCGUUUUCAAUUCUGUAGUUAUUGCCCUCUCCUGCUUGUGCCUCCACAAUUCUUUGCCGGUCUCCGAAGCUUCAUCUGGGUUUAUAUCGAAUGGAAGCAUUGUUCCGAUUCUGUUGGGAUUGGCCGGAAGUUGCAGGGUGUUACUGUUGAUUGCUAGGGUUUCAUUUGAAAGGUCGGCAUCGAAGAAGUCUGAGAAGCUAUUGAGUUUGAUAUCGGGGUUAUUAGGGUUUGCUUUAGGGCUUUUGGUUUUGCUUGAAAUUCUCCCCACUAGGGUUUUUGAUUUCGGGUUUGGAUCAUUGGAUGGGUUUGGUAAGUUCUUGGUUUCUGUAUUCAUGGGCUGCGUUGCAGGUUUCUUGGUCACGCCGGCAGCGAGGAGUGCCCGAGCAUUCUGGCUUGGGACCGAUCAGAUUCGUUGUAAUUUGUCAAUAAUUUAUUGUGGUUGGAUUGCUAGAGUGCUUCUCUAUGCUAACUAUUUAUUGAUUAUAUUCACUUCAUUACUUUGGAUUACCCCAUUUGCCAACCUCCUUGUUAACAAGCAUGCCGAUGAUAGUGGGGGAUCACAUUUGCUUGGCAAAGCUGAUGUUUUGGUUGGUAAUGUGGGGAUGUCAAAGUCAGAUUUUGACAAGUUCAGGACUUGGUGUUUGCUAGUUUCCGGGCUUCUGCAGAUUGCCAUUUUGCGCCCGAGUUUGCAAAUGUAUUUGAAUGAGGCCGUGUUAUCUUGGUACCAGAGGUUACAUGCCAGCAAGGUCCCAGAUUUGGAUUUCAGUAGGGCAAAGGUUUUUCUGCACAACCACUAUUUGUGUCUUGUGGUUCUGCAAUUUUUUGCCCCGCCCGCAUUGGUACUUCUCUUUCUUGGGUUGUCUCAAAUUGAUGAAAACUUGCUUAACAAUUUCCAACCAGUAUGUAGUUUUCUCCAUUGCUCUGCCUUGGUUAAACAAGUACCAUUAUUUAUGGCUUGGUGGAUUACUUUUGUUUGGGCUGUAUUAACUUCGGCAAACCUUGUUCUGUAUCGACAUGGCAUCUUGUAUGUUUCAUAGUGAGGAAUCAACACCCAGCACAUGGAUAUUUGGUUUUUAGUUUAGUUCUGAAACAAGAGUGUUGUGCUUGUAUUGAUAUGGCAAUCAAUUGAUGAGUUUGCAAUUUUGUGCAACAUUUAACAUUAUUGUGGAGGCUCAAUAUUAAGUAAGUUUGUCAAAUUCAGUGUCUUUUUUCUUUUCUUUUUAAGGUGAAUUUUAUGCUUGUAAUUAUUGAAGCAAGAGAGGAGUAUUUACUGACAUAGGUAUACUGUAGAAAAUAUUAAUGUGAAGGGAAAUGAAAUGAUGGAACUACAUAUAACAUUUUCCAUUUCUGAUUUUUUGUAAUUCACAACUAGCAAAAUUGAUGACUGCAAUUAGCAUUGAGACAUGUUUGAACAUUGCUGGAACUUCUAUUGCAAUUUAUUUUCUUCGCAUUCAUAAGAGCCUCACUAUCUGCAUACUCUGAUCCAGGAUAUGUUUUUGGAAGUAGGACAUUCAGUUUUUAGAAAUGCUGGAGGUGUAUGUAUGCAAUUUGGUCAAUUCAAUCACUAUGUUUAGUUAUAUCUGGCUACAAAAUAUGUGCUACUUACUUUUGAUGCCUCAUGCAAUGAAUUGAGUCACUGGUGUGUGCAAAUGUCCUUGAUUGACUUGAACUGUGAUCCUUGGAAGUUGCUUGUUUUGUGUUCUAAAUGAAGUGGAUUCAUGCAAAUGGCAUCAAUAUAUUGCAACUCUUGCAGCUCGGAAUGUGCACUGGGUACCUCUGAUGUGCAUGGAUUCCGUAUCUGUUGUCAUGGAUGGAGAACUUAAGCUCCAAACUGUGCAGCCUUGGGAAGCAAAGUUACUUGGGGCAUGCCUAAGUUAACCUACUCUAAAUGUGCAGUCCAUGUUACAUGGACUCAUGUACGAGUAUUGGAUGCUGGUAUAUGUUCAGAGGUUGGACUUGUUAAUUUUAUGAAUUUCAGGAUGUGAGAAUAUUUGAUGGAAUGUAAGACAUGAGCACAGGGAUGCGACAUGGAGAACAAUAAAUCUCAUUAAC